UUGAUUGAAACCUGUCUCGCCUCCCCUCACACUUGACCUCUGCAACACGGCCAUAGAAAAGCAACAAAUCAAUGUUUUUCCACAGUAGGAGCUAGGGCCGUUGAAGCAUUUCUUCAUACCUGGUUUGACUGUUUCGCCAGUUCUGUUACGAAAUCACGCCAUUCAGCUAUGGCAUCCACGCAGCCGGCUGGGUCCUCCGCGCCCUCGUCGAAUAUAAAUUCACCGAUUCUCCCUCCCAGUGGUACACCAUUCUUCAACGGACCUUUAUUAGAUACGAACUUGAGAUCAUCGCCUGCUCCCGCUAGUAAUGCAUCAGUACAAGCCGACGGUCCAAGGUCGAAGCGCAAUAAACGCGACAGUCGUAAAAAGCGCGAAGCCAAGGGAUUAGAUCAAGAAGCCGUACCUACUAAAAGGAGAGCAGCUGUCGUUCAGAAUAUCGCUCUGCCCAGUUCAGAUCUCAAUAUUCUUAGACCUCUGCUGCUUGCUGAGCCAAGGCCAUCAGAUUUAUUACCCCCGCAACGUCGGCAGCUGAACCUUGUGAGCCAGAAAACAUCGGAGGUAAUUGGCCAGAGUUGGAGCUUCUACGAAGUUGUUGAUAAGCUUACAAAUAAAAAUGGGUUUCGCUAUAGCUAUGCCAUAGCCGAUCCAGGCUUUCCACAUAUUAAAUACCGCCAGACCGAUGUUCGUCCUUACAAGGCUCGCUUCAGCUUUGAGGAUUCGCCAGCGGCGAUCCUCUUCAAUGAAGACGCGCUUGCUGUUACUACCAACGGACCAUGGCACACUGCGCGCGCUAACGUCUGCGCGCGCGAAGGAACAUUUUACUACGAGGCACGCAUCAUUAGCGGCGUAAUGAGUGAUGCGCAGACAGCACCUACUAACGGAAGCUCUCGCUUGCCGUCAAAAGGCCAUGUCCGUCUUGGAUUCGCGCGAAGGGAGGCGGAUCUGGACGUUAAUGUGGGGGUGGACUGCUAUGGCUAUGGGAUCCGUGAUGUGAAUGGCGAGGUGGUCAACCGAAUGCGCUGCGAGUAUUUUUUCCCCAAAGGCGAAUCAAUCCGCGAAGGAGAUGUCAUUGGCAUGCUUAUCACUCUUCCGCCACUUUCGCUCCACAAGAAAGUCGUCGAAGGCACAUACGAUCCUUCCAUCGAUGGAAACGCUUUAACCCCCAGUUCAGAACCACCAGCGGCAACGAACGUUAUCCGCGACCGGAUUCCUUUUCACUACAAGUCUGACUUCUGUUGGCAGCAGUCGAAUGUAUUCCCCACAAAACAGUUACGUGAUUAUGCUUUCAAUCUUAAAGAAACGCCUACAUUCGGACCACCUUCGCCGAUGAACACCGAGGAUGCAUCUUUGCGUACGCUGCCGGGCUCAAGUAUCACAAUAUACAAAAACGGUGUGGAAAUGGGCACCCCAUUCAAAGAGCUGUAUGCUUUCCUACCACCCGCCAGUCGGCUCGCCAAUGGGACCAAUAAUUUAGGUCUUGGUGAGCGAGAAAACGCGGAUGAUGGAAUGAUCGGAUAUUACCCCGCUGUCAGCUGCUACGGCGGUGGUGCGGUUGAGUGCCGCUUUGAAGGCCCGUGGUGGGUUGGUCCUCCUCAAGCAGAGAGCGGCGAGCUGAUCCGAGGGAUUGGAGAACGCUUCGACGAACAGAUAGUCGAAGAUGUCGUGGCUGACAUUGUCGAUGAAGUCGAGGCUAUGCUUGUGUGGGGUGGGGUGGACGGUGAUGUUGUUGGCAAUGCUCAAAUGGACGGCUCUGGUACUGGUGUGGUUGGAGGCCCGGAGGUUCUAAAGGGGGGUGUUGGCGCUGCCUACGAAUCUGCCGUUUCUGCUGGUCCUGGAACAGGCCCUUCAACCAUAGAGAAUAGUGUCGGCAACGAAGGUUCCCCUGAUGUAGGUCCUGGACAGAGUACCUUUGAAGAUACGGCCAGUAUCGGUAUAGUAGGCACACCGAAUACAGAGGAACCCGCUGCUGAUGUUGAAAACACCAUAGUGCAACGUGAUGUUGAGAUGUCGUGAAUGAAGCAUUGGCCUCCGUCCAUCUACAUGGGAGUGGUUAACGUACGAUGUGCAGUUUGCAGCACUCGCCUUCUAUUGUUCUUUUCAUGUUUACAGGAUUUUGGACCAUGUAUAUUAUUCGGAAUGCGUUGGUUAGAUUGCGAUACCAUGAAC